AUGGGCCUUAAAGGUCUUCAUCUUCUGUCUCUUCUACUGCUAUCCCAAGGAAUUCAACUUGCUCAAGGAAGUUGUGGCAGUGGCGAGUUUCAGUGUACUAGUGGACAAUGCAUCGACAUAGAUUGGAGAUGUGAUGGGACUAAAGACUGCACAGAUGACUCAGAUGAGCUGAGCUGUCCACCUCCAUCAUGCACCUCGCAGGAAUUUAAGUGUGUGACUAGUGGUGAAUGCAUCUCUUUGGGAUUUGUCUGUGAUGGAGAGGAAGACUGCAUCGAUGGUUCAGAUGAAAAAAGAACCUGUGGUGGACGGACCUGCAGCUCGGACCAGUUCACCUGUCAGGAGGGCCAGUGUGUCCCUGGCAAAUACAGAUGUGACCAUGUUAAGGACUGUGUGGACAACUCUGAUGAGAACAACUGCAACUAUCCACAUUGCACUGAGAAGACGUGUGCCAAUGGGGCCUGUUACAACCACUCUCAACACUGCAACGGACUGCAGGACUGCCGAGAUGGCUCUGAUGAAUUCAACUGCACGACACAGCACUGUCCCAUCCACCAGUAUCAGUGUACAAAUGGCUACUGUAUCCCACAUUCCUUUGUGUGUGACCACUGGAAUGACUGUGGGGACAACAGUGAUGAGGAAGGCUGUGCAUACCAGAGCUGUAGUGGCAGUGAGUUCACAUGUUCCAGUGGCCGUUGUAUUCCUCAGCGCUGGGUGUGUGACCAGUUCAAUGACUGCGGGGACUACAGUGACGAGAGAGGAUGUGAUAGUAACUCUCGAGACUGCUACCCUGGUGAGUGGGGAUGCCCAGGCUCGACAGUAUGUAUACCAGUGGGCAAAGUGUGUGACGAAAAACCUGACUGUCCUGGAGGAACAGAUGAGACCAACUCCACAGCACAGCAAACCUGCAGCCUAGACCAAUGCUCUGCCUUGAGUUGCGAGUUCCUCUGCCACCCGUCUCCUGAAGGAGGUGCUUGCUACUGCCCCGAUGGUUUCACUGUAGCCAAUGACAGUCGUUCCUGUGUAGACUAUAAUGACUGUCAAAUCUGGGGGAUUUGUGACCAGCUGUGUGAAGAUCGUCCUGGGACACACCACUGUAGCUGUGCUGAUGGAUACUUCUUGGAGCAGGGUCAUGUCUGCAAAGCCAAUGUGUCAGCUGGAAUGCCACAGCUCAUUUUCACCAACGGGGGUGAUGUGAUGAUGGCUGAUAUACAUGGACGCUUUGUCAGAACUCUGGUACCAUCGCAGGGCAAAGGAUAUGCUGUAGGGGUGUCAUAUCACUGGCACAGUGACACCGUCUUCUGGAGUGAUACAUAUACCAAAAAGGUGUACUCUGCCAACUACAAUGGGGGUAAUAUUAAGGAGGUUCUGACUGCUGCAGUCCAGAGUGUCCAGAACCUCGCUGUUGACUGGAUCAACUUCAAACUCUAUGUCUUAGAGGCCAUGAUGGAGCGAAUCGACAUGUGCGACUUUGAUGGAGAGAAUCGGGUCACGCUGGUGGCUGAAAACCUACAAACUCCCCAUGGCCUCGUCCUGGACCCUACUGUGGGCUACAUGUUCUUCACAGACAUGGGGAUUGCUGAUGAGCAGAUGAAGCUCGAACGUGCCUUCAUGGAUGGCAGUAAUCGCAUAGAGCUGGUGAAGAUCAGACUCGGCUCUCCAACAGGAAUUACCCUUGAUAUUGUCACCCAGAGGGUUUACUGGUCCGACAGCCACUUUGACACGGUGGAGACUGUCACCUACAGUGGUUUGGACAGGAAAAUAGUCCUUAAUGGUGGAACCCAGGCUCCAUAUCCUUUUGGUAUUGCUGUGUUUGAAAACCAUGUAUUCUUCACUGACUGGACCAAGAUGGGUGUUGUGAGAGCCAACCGGUUCAACGGCAGCAAUCCAGCCCUCCUCUAUCGUACCACAAAGCGACCAGGCCAUGUUGUAGUCUCACAUUCUGCCCUGCAACCUGUUGUGAUGAACCCUUGCGGCAGACACAAUGGUGGUUGUCAGCAGAUUUGUGUCUUGAGUCACCGCUCCGACAAUGACGGUCUGGGCUUCCGCUGCAAGUGUCGCCAUGGUUACGACCUGCACCCUGACCGUCGGACUUGCUUUAAGGUGAAGGACUACUUGUUGUUGGCCACCACUCUUGGGGUGCGGGGAAUCCCACUGAAUUUAUCCCUCCAGGAGGACAUCACCCUGCCCCUCUCCGGGCUCGGCACGUCUUUUUCAGGCUCUGCUGUGGAGUUUGACGGCAAUGAGGAAGCCCUUUUCUACAACGACAGGUCCAGAGGCCUCGUCUAUAAGUCGAACCUCAAUGGCACUGUCCAACAGAUUUUGACAGGCUACAGAGUGGGAACGAUUGACGCCAUGGCUUACGACUGGACCUCCAAAGUCUUGUUUUGGACCACAAACACCUACAAGAUGGUGGUGGCCUUCAGAGUCGCAGACAAGUCCAGGCGAGACAUUGUGACGGGAUUAAGGAACCCAAAAGGAAUUGCGGUGCAUCCCAGUGCUGGAUUCUUGUUUUGGUCUGACUGGUACCGUCCAGCGGUCAUAAUGAGAGGCUUCACUGAUGGCAGCAAUGCUGUUCCUCUGGUCAACACAACACUGGGAUGGCCUAAUGGACUUUCUGUUGACUUUGUGAUGGACAGGCUGUAUUGGGUGGAUUCCCAAUUGGACCAGAUUGGUCACAUUAGCAUCUAUGGACAAGACAGACAGACGUUUACCAAUAUUGGCCAGAUCACUCAACCCUACUCUCUAACAAUUUAUUCAGACUACCUGUAUGUGUCUGAUACAAGGACCAGAGCAGUAUUCGAGAUGAGGAAGAGGGAUGGAGGAGGUAACAUUAUGAUCAGACAAGGAAUCACCGGCAUCUUGAACGUCAAGGCCUACACAGCUGACCUCCAAAGCAUGUUCACCAGCCGCUGCAAUAUGGUAGCCAACGGGCGCUGCAGCCACUUCUGUUUCCCGACUCCCUCCUCUAGUCGAGUGUGUGGAUGUCCGUACGGCAUGAAACUUCAGGCCAAUCAGAGGGACUGUAUCAAGGACGAUUCUGUUCCCCCACCUGACAACAACUGUGGCGACUUCUCUUUUGAAUGUGAUGAAGGACGCUGUCGACCCAACUCUUACCGUUGUGAUGGAAUUGCUGAUUGCAUAGAUAAGACUGAUGAGGCCAACUGCACCGAUACAGGAGCGACCUGCUCUCCACGAGCGUUCACUUGCAACAACAAGCGCUGCAUCAUGUCCAGUUGGCGCUGUGAUGGCAUGGACGACUGCGGCGACGGUUCUGAUGAAUUGAACUGUCCCACUCGUCUCCCUACCACCUGUGCCUCCAGCUACUUUACCUGUGAUAACAAUAGGUGUAUCUCUAAAAUAUGGGUGUGUGACGGUGACAACGACUGUGGCGAUGGCUCCGAUGAACACAACUGCAAUUCCACCAUCACGACUUGCCCUCCUGCCUACUUCCUGUGUCCUGACCACCGCUGCAUCCACAACUCAUACGUGUGUGACGGAGACCAGGACUGUCUGGAUGGCUCUGAUGAGAACAACUGCGAGUUUGCCUGUACCUCCUAUGAGUUUGCCUGUGCCAGUGGGGACCAGUGUGUCAGUUCGUAUUAUCGGUGUGAUGGAGUGUUUGACUGCAGGGACCAUUCUGAUGAAAGAGACUGUCCCACUCGUGGUCCUGGCCUCUGCCACAAUAACGAGUUCCAGUGCCAGGCAGACGGUUUCUGCAUACCCGAUGAGUGGGAGUGUGACGGCCAUCCAGACUGUGAGGAUGGAUCAGAUGAACACAACUCCUGCCCGCCUGUCACCUGCAGAGCCGGCUAUUUCCAGUGUACCAACCAGAUGUGCAUCCCGACCGGCUGGUUGUGUGACGGCAACAACGACUGCCGGGACAUGAGUGAUGAACAGAACUGCCCCACCCCUCCAUUUAGUUGUCCCUCCGGACAGUGGCUGUGCCCCACUGACCAGCUGUGCAUUGACCUUGACAAGGUUUGCAAUGGCCAGAGGGACUGCCCCAAUGGAGCAGAUGAGUCACCUAUCUGCAACCAAGACGACUGUGCACUGAACAAUGGUGGCUGUAGCAACGGCUGUGUCCAAGGACCAUUUGGGGCUGAGUGCACCUGUCCACCAGGAUUUCAGCUCCUUAACGACUCCAAGACCUGUGAGGACAUCGAUGAGUGUCUGAUCCCAGGUUUCUGCAGCCAGCAGUGCUACAACGAGAGAGGAACGUUCCGGUGCUACUGCUCAGAUGGUUACCUCCUAGAGCCUGAUGGACGCACCUGCAAAGCUGCAGACCCACGAGCAGCUGUACUUCUGGUUACCAAGCGAAGCCAGAUAAUCGCCAACGUGAUCAACAUGAAACCCCCCCAGAUGCGACCAGUGAUCAGCGGUUCUGGCAUUGUGACAGUGGACUUUGAUCGCGUAACUUCCAGAAUCUACUGGGCUGAUGCCUCGCAGAAAAAGAUAUGGAGUGCCUACCAGAACGGCACCGACAGACGGGAAGUGUUCACCACUGGUCUGAUGGUACCAGAGAGUAUAGCGGUGGACUGGGUGGGUCGGAACCUUUAUUGGACCGACUCUGUCAUGGAAAACAUUGAGGUCUCCACUCUGGACGGUCGCUUUCGGAAAGUCCUCCUCACCAAGAAUGUCACCAGCCCCCGCGGACUAGUUUUAGACCCCCGUAACUACACCAACCUGAUGUUCUGGUCAGACUGGGGUCAGAACCCUAGGAUCGAGCGGGCAGACAUGGAUGGAGCCAGGAGACAAGUCAUUGUCAGCACUAAGCUCUACUGGCCAAACGGUCUGGCCCUGGACUACACCACCCGCAGGGUCUAUUUUGCUGAUGCCUACCUCAAAUAUAUUGACUACUGUGACUAUGAUGGCAAUAACCGCCAUCAGGUCAUGGCAAGUGAUAUGGUUCUCCAGCACCCACACGGAAUGACCAUCUUUGAGGACAACAUCUACUGGUCGGAGCGCUACACCAGCAAAGUGAUGAGGACCAACAAGUUCCAUGGGGGCAAUAUCACCACUUUGAUGAACAAUGUCUAUCAGCCCAUGGGCAUCGUUAUGGACCAUCCCAUCAAACAGCCCAUGGCCAUCAACCCAUGCAGAGAACACCUGUGCACUCAGCUGUGCCUGCUGGCAGGCCUGAGACCCAGGUACUACACCUGCCACUGUCAGUCUGGCUGGAAGCUUAAUGAUGACAAACGCACAUGUGUCAAAGAUGAGACUCCCUUCUUGAUGGUUGUGAGAGAUUCUGUGAUUUUUGGCAUUCCUCUGGACCCCGCUGACCCUUCCAACAAUGCAAUGACCCCUGUGUCAGGCAUCAGCCAGGGGCAGGACAUCGACUUUGAUGACCAGGAGCAGUUGAUCUAUUGGGUGCAGAGCACUGGCUCUAUAUGGCAAGUGAAAACCAGCGGCACCAACAGGUCUGAGUUUGCUCCAGCUGCUUUCAUUGGCUCGCCGUCUGGUUUGGCUUUUGAUUGGUUAAGCCGAAUAAUGUAUUACACCAAUCCUACUGUUAAAGCCAUAGAGGUUAUCCGUGUGGAUGGAGACCAGCACUAUAGGAAGACCCUCAUCACCUCCACUGGUAAACCGGAGGGAACAGGAGAGCCCUUUGGAAUAGCCCUGGAUCCAGCUCGGGGUAAAUUGUUUUGGACAGACAAGGGGUCAGACAAUGGAGUUCCUCCAAAGGUUGGCAGUGCUAGCAUGGACGGAGGAAACCUCACAAACCUCUAUACAGGCAACCUGGCAAACAUAGGAUUCAUCGCCGCUGACAUCGCUACCAUGAAACUGUACUGGGGUGUGGCGGACUCAGGGGUGCAAAAAUUAGUUUACAUUUCAGUGUGAGCUGCCUAUUUCUAUUUGAAUUAAUUAUUUGCCCAGAUUGAGUGUGGCACCAUGGACGGAGUUACCCGGGUGACGGUGAGCCACCUCUACUACACCGACCUUGACUACGAGGUCAUUGAGAGGGUCGACAAGGACAACGGUGCUAAUAUGCUGGUGAUGAGGAGCGGCAUGUCUGGCCUCCGCGCCCUCAAAGUGCACGCCAGAGACAACUCAGCAGGGAUCACCAACGCCUGCAGCUCCAACAACGGGGGCUGUCCCCACCUAUGUCUACCAAAACCAGGCAAUCAAAAAACCUGUGCCUGCACCACAGGCUUUAACCCGUCUCAAGAUGGCUCCAGAUGUGAACAGUAUGAAUCUUUCGCAAUUGUCUCCACUACCAAGUACAUCCGUGGCUUCCACAUAAACAGCUCUGACCACUCUGAGGCUAUGGUGCCUGUCGGUGGAACUUCCUACUCCAUUAAGAGCAAGCUGGACCUCCAUAUUGAAUCUGGCUUUGUAUACUGGACUGACAACAGCACCUACACCUCAUACAAGGGAAUCUUCAGGGCCAAAACAGAUGGGGGGCGUUACAGCACUGUCAUCAACUCGGGUAUUGGAAGAGGAGGCAUCCAGGGCCUUGCUGUAGACUGGGUUGCGGGUAACUUAUACUUCACCAAUGCCUUUGAGAGCGAGACCUUUGUGGAGGUGCUUGCAAUCAACACCACCUACCGAAUGAUUCUCCUCAAGUCCUCCCAGGACCAGCCCCGUGACCUGGCUGUCAGCCCCAAGCUUCGCUACCUUUUCUGGACUGAUGGUGGCCAAACACCCAAAAUUGAGCGGGCCCUGCUGGAUGGCACCAACCGCACUGUGUUGGCAUCAGAAAGCCUAGCGUCCCCUCGUGGCCUUACCAUUGAUUACACCAAUGAUUUCCUCUACUGGACAGAUGAUGUUCUUGAUAUGAUCUCCCGAAUGGCUACAGAUGGCACACAGAGGCAGAUUAUCCGGUAUGGGAGCCGGUAUCCAUCGCCAACAGGGAUGGCUAUAUUCGGAAACUACAUGCUGUGGGUGGAUAAAAAGCUUGGGAAGCUCUUUCAGGCCAGUAAGGACCCAGCCAAUACUGACCAACCAGAGGUAAUUCGAGACAAUCUUGAGGGGCUGAUGGAUGUCACUAUCUUUGACGCUCAUGUUCAGCCUACAUCUGCCAACCAGGUGGGCUUUAACCCAUGUCAAGAAGAUAACGGACGUUGCCAGCAGCUCUGCUUUGCCAUGCCACGCCAGGAGAAACCCAAAUGUGGUUGUGCACAUGGGUCACUCCUUAAUAACGGAGUAACAUGUGGUUACGGACAAGAGGAGUUUUUAAUUUUCACCUCAUAUUACACGCUGAAUAGCCUGAGGUUAGAUCCUUUGGAUCACAGCACUCCCUAUCCAGUGGUAAACUUGGGCUACAACUUGAUGGCUUUGGAUUAUGACUUCAAGGAGAAGCGAAUUUUCUUCACACAGUAUAUGGGAAUUGGUCGGAGCAGAAUUGGCUACGUCACCACUACCUCCAUCACUAACCCUCCUGUCUUCAUAGCUACAAAUUUAGAUGACCCAGAGGGAUUGGCGUAUGAUUGGGUCAACAAGCGUCUCUACUUUACCGACUACUAUAGCCGCAAUGUCCAGUCCAUGGGGGUGGAUGGGAUGAACCGCUCAAUCGUCGCCCAUGCAAAUCGUCCCAGAGGCAUCAUUGUUGACCCCUGCUAUGGUUACCUUUACUGGACUGACUGGGGCUCUCCAGCUAAGAUUGAGAGGGCCACACUAGGUGGAAACUUCCGGGUCUCAAUAAUCAACAGCAGCCUGACAAUGCCCAAUGGCCUGUCUCUGGAUUAUGUGGAAAGGAUGCUUUACUGGGCUGAUUCCUCAUUAGAUAGGAUUGAGAGGGCAACUCUAACUGGUGCCAACCGACAAGUGAUCUUGCAGGGGGUCCAGUACCCGUACGCCAUGACUGUCUUCCAACAGGACAUCUUCUGGACUGACUGGACUGAGAGAGCUGUCUUUAGGGCUGGGAAGGACGAUGGCUCUGGUUUCUCAGUGCUGGCCCAGGACCUGCAGUACCAACCAAACGGCAUCCACGUUUAUGCCGCAUCUAAGCAGGAGAGCUGCUCCAGCUCCUGUCAGCAGUUCAACGGAGGCUGCAGUAAUGUCUGUGUUUCCGGUCCAUUGGGCCCAGAGUGCCAGUGUCCUCAUCAGGGGAAUUGGUACCUGGCCAACAAUGGCAAAGACUGUAUUAAAGACACAGGGAAACGCUGUCAGCCAGAGCAGUUCACCUGUCUCAAUGGUAACUGCAUCUCAGCGCACUGGAAGUGUGACGGCUACAACGACUGCCAGGAUAACUCGGAUGAGCUGGAAAGAGUGUGUGCCUUCCACACCUGCUCUGCCAUGGAUUUUACCUGUGACAAUGGGCGCUGCGUGAUAUUCAGGUACACUUGUGACUACACAGACGACUGUGGAGACAACAGUGACGAGCAGGGCUGCCCCUUCCCCACAUGUAACCCUGCUACUGAGUUCACCUGCUCCAACGGACGCUGCAUCAGUGCAGCUUUUGUCUGCGACGGCCGCAACGACUGCCGAGACAACGCCACCUCUGACGAAAUCAACUGCCCUGACAGGGUGUGUCCUGCAGGCCAGGUGAAGUGUGACCGCAACAACAUCUGCAUCUACCCUGAAAACCUGUGUGAUGGCUAUAACAACUGUGGAGACAACAGCGAUGAGAAUCCUCUCUUCUGCGCGGGUCGUACAUGUUCUCCGGAUCAGUUCCGUUGCGAUGAAGGGAAGUGUAUCCCCAACGGCUGGGUGUGUGACCUCAUCCAAGACUGCAUUGAUGGGACAGAUGAACCUCUUUCCUGUAAGGAUCAAAUCAAAACAUGCAGUCCCAGCCAGUUCACUUGUACAAACGGAAACUGCAUCCCCCAGUCACUAGUCUGUGACGGUAACAAUGACUGCUCGGACAACAGUGACGAGGCUCCUGAACUACAGUGUGGCCAACGGAACUGCAGUUCCAACCAGUUCACCUGUCCAAGCUGGUUUCCCAGUUACCCGCGCUGUGUUCCGUUAAGCUUUGUGUGUGACGGAGAGAAAGACUGCGCCAAUGCGGCUGAUGAGCUCCAGAACUGCCCCAACCGCACCUGCCAUAUGAACGAGUUUGCCUGUUCCAACAGCCUUUGCAUCCUCCUUCCUUUCCACUGUGACCGUGUGAAUGACUGCGGGGACGGCAGUGAUGAGUUGGGCUGCACCUAUGACACAUGCAGCAGCCACCAGUUCACCUGCAGUAACGGAGCCUGCAUCUCCGUCUCCUUCACCUGCGACGGGCAGAGCGACUGUAUGGAUGGCUCAGAUGAAGCAGACAGCUUGUGCGUCACGCCCCAUCCCACCUGUGCUCCUCAGCAGUACAUGUGCAAGUCAGGCGAGUGUAUCGACAUCAAUAAGGUGUGCAACGGACAAAAGGACUGCCAGGACAACAGCGACGAAAAAGCCUGUGGAGUCAAUGAGUGCCGCAACCCAUCAGUCCACAAGUGUGCCCAGCUCUGCACCGACACCCUCACUGGUUACUACUGUUCAUGCCACCCUGGCUACCGACUCAUGCCGGAUGGCAAAGCCUGUGAGGACCUAGACGAGUGUUCCAGCACACCCGCAGUCUGCAGCCAGAUCUGCGAGAACACUGUUGGCUCGUACCACUGCAAAUGUGCCCCUGGGUAUAUUCGUGAACCGGAUGGACGAACCUGUCGUCAGAACAGUGGCAUUGCCCCGUACCUUUUGUACAGUAAUCGCUACUACAUCCGCAAUUUGACCACUGACGGGUCACAUCUGAGUUUAGUCCUUCAGGGGCUGUCCAAUGUGGUGGCGUUAGAUUUUGACGACUAUGAGAAGAGGCUUUAUUGGCUGGAUGCAGGGGCAGGAAAGAUGGAGCGCAUGCGUUUUGACGGGAGUGAUAGGGAGACGCUGGCGGAUGACAAUAUAUUAGGAGCUGAAGGCCUGGCACUGGACUGGGUGGGCAGGAAGUUGUACUGGGUGGACAGUUAUCACGGUUCAAUUCAUGUGAUGGAGCUGGAUGGACGCUACCAGAAGAGACUGCUGUCAGAAGAAUUCACUGAUGGAAACAUCACGUAUCUUAUCAGCCGGCCUCGUGCUGUGGCGGUUAACCCUAAAUACGGAUGGCUUUACUGGACUGACUGGGCUGACACAGCAUAUAUCGGUCGAGUUGGCAUGGACGGAAGCAAUGUCAGUGCCAUUAUCACAACCAAGCUGGAGUGGCCCAGUGCUCUGACCAUAGACUACACCACCAACAAGAUCUUCUUUGCUGAUUCCCACCUCAACUUUCUCGACUUUGCAGACAUGAACGGCCAGAACCGACACCGGGCCAUUGCUGGUACACUUCCCCAUGUCUUUGCUGUUUCCCUGUUCGAGGACUGGGUUUACUGGACGGACUGGAACACACACUCAGUAGAGAAGGCUCACAAGUACACUGGCGAACAGCGCACAAUCAUGGGCAACAACACCCAUCGGCCAUAUGACGUGCGCGUAUACCACCCCUACAGGCAGCCUCGCAGUGAAAACCCCUGCUCCUCCCAUCAUCUGACCUGUAGUCACUUGUGUUUGAUUGCCCCUGGUGGGCAACAAGCUACCUGCCAAUGCCCAGAUCACUUCAUCGGCCUGUCUGUGGGCUUCAAGAUCCAGUGUGUCGCCGACUGCUCCAGCACCCAGUUCCGCUGUGGGGACAAUGAGAAGUGUGUUCCUAUAUGGUGGAAGUGUGAUGGACAGUCAGAUUGCGGUGAUGGCUCAGAUGAACCUCAGACCUGCUCGCCCCGUUAUUGCCCCAUUGGCCAGUUCCAGUGUCAAGAUGGCAACUGUACCUACCCUGGUUUCAUCUGUGACGGCCACUCAGACUGCCCUGACAGUUCAGAUGAGGAUGCAGCUCUCUGCAGUGACCACCGAUGCCAAGAAAACCAGUUCCAGUGUAAAAACAAGAAGUGCAUCCCAGUGUCCUGGCACUGCGACGGAGUGAAUGACUGUUCUGAUGGCAGCGACGAGGAAGCAGAGACUUGUUCCCAGAGAACGUGCCAACCGGGACAGUUCCAGUGUGAUAACGGACGCUGUCUGCCGUCGAGCUACGUGUGUGACGUCCAGGACGACUGUGGGGAUGGAUCUGAUGAGCCGUAUGAAACCUGCAUGGGUCCAGACUACAAGUGUGAUGAGGACACUGAGUUCUCCUGCAAGACAAAUUACCGCUGCAUUCCUCAGUGGGCCCGCUGUGACGGCACCAAUGACUGCAUCGACGACAGUGACGAGCAGGGCUGCGAGGAGGUGACCUGUGAUCCUCUGGGCGAUUUCCGAUGUGACAACCACCUCUGUGUCCCCAUCCGCUGGCAGUGUGAUGGAACCGACGACUGUGGUGACAGCUCAGAUGAAAGAAAUUGCCAGCCAAGGCCUUGCUCUGAAAGUGAGUUUCGAUGUGACAGCGCACAGUGCAUCCCUGGAAACUGGGUGUGUGACCAUGACAAUGACUGCGGGGAUAACUCGGAUGAGCGGGACUGUGAGUUGCAGACGUGUCGUCCUGGUUCUUUCCAGUGUGACUCGGGUCACUGCAUCCCUGCUGCUCUGCAGUGUGAUGGCCGGCCUGAUUGUCUGGACCUGUCGGAUGAGACCAGCUGUCCUACUCGUUACCCAGGAGGCCGUUGGUGCCCUCUAUACCAGUUCCAGUGUGCGAACCAUCUGUGUGUGAGCCAGGGCUGGGUGUGUGACGGAGUUGAUGACUGUGGGGACCGCUCUGACGAACAGAUCAGUUUAUGCUUGAAUGUCACCUGUGAGAUGCCGUCCAGGUUCCGCUGUUCAAACGGCUACUGUAUCUACUCCGGCCUGCUGUGCAACCAGAAGGACGACUGUGGAGACGGCAGUGACGAAAAGGAAGAACUCUGCCGCGAGCCCACUCUGCCGCCCUGCACACUGGAAGAGUUUAAAUGCACCAACGGACACUGUGUGGCCCUGCAAUACGUAUGUGACCACAAUGACAACUGCGGGGACCUCACUGAUGAGUUAGGCUGCAAUUUUGGCCAUGAUCGUAACUGUGAGGAGUUGCUGUGCCAGCACAAGUGCACCAACCUGAAUGGCACCGGCUUCAUCUGCUCCUGCAAGCCCGGCUACAGAGUGGACCCAGAAAACACCUACAACUGCCUGGACAUCAAUGAGUGUGAGGAGUACGGCAUCUGUCCUCAGAUUUGUAGAAACACAAAAGGCAGCUACUACUGUCAGUGUGACCACGGCUACCGGGAAGUGGGCGACGGCAACAUGUGCGAGGCCGAGGGAGGGCCUCCCUUGAUGCUUCUACCAGAGAACAUUCGAAUCCGGAGGUUCAACUUGCAGACGGAGACCUACCAUGACUUCCUACAAGAAGAGGAGCACAUUAUGGCUCUGGACUAUGACUGGGACCACAACAACACUGGAUUCAGUAUGGUGUAUUUCACUGUGGCCGGUAAAGACUCUGUAGCAGGUGCCAUUAAGAGAGCAUACAUACCUUCGGUGGAUGAUGGCAGUAACAACAUCGCUUCUGCUGUUGACCUCGGCAUCAAAUACAUCACAAGACCAGACGGCAUCGCUGUGGACUGGGUCGGCAGGAACCUUUACUGGGCAGACUCCAGAUUAAAGAGGUUAGAGGUGGCCAUGUUGGACGGACGCUACAGGAAACAACUAGUCAAGACUGAGCUAGGCCACCCGUCUGCCGUGGCCGUCAACCCACGUCUGGGGGUGUUGUACUGGGCAGACCGUGGUGACGCAGCAAAGAUCGAGAGUUCUUGGAUGGACGGUCAAGAGAGGAAAGUCCUGGUGGCCGAUGGCCUGGGUUGGCCCACUGGUCUGUCAAUCGACUUUACCAACGAGGACAGAAUCUACUGGUCUGACUCCAAGGAGAGCCGCAUAGAGUCUGUUCUGCCUUCAGGAGAUGGCCGUAAAACUGUCAUCUACAUAGAUGGGAGAAACCCCUUCAGUGUAAGUGUGUUCGAGGACCACGUUUAUUGGAGUACUCAGGAUGAAGGCGAGGUGUUCCGGCAGGACAAGUUUGGCCGCGGAGGCAAGACCAAGCUGUUGACGGCCGGACCGUGGCUGACCCAGGUCUCUGUGUACCAGCAGCAGAGAUACAACUCCAUAGCUGUGAAGAAUCCAUGUAAGGGCACUUGCAGCCACCUGUGUUUGCUCCGGCCGGAAGGCUACACCUGCGCCUGCCCCCAGGGCACCAGCUUCAUCCCAGGCAGCAACACUGAAUGUGAUGCUGUUGGAAUAGCGAUCGGGGUGACACUAGUGAUUGUGGCUCUGCUGGUUGCUCUGGUCUACGCUGCCAGGAAGAAGUCCAACCUGCUGGAGAGAGUACGGAGCAACUUGCCCAGUAUGCCCAGUAUGCCAUCCAUGCCCAACCUCCCAAGUUUCAGCUGAAUUAUUAUUAUUUGUUAAUUUUUUACAAAUAGUUCGUCUCCAAAUGCAACAACAACAGAGGGAUGUCAGGUCCCCUGUAUGUCUGUGUCCAUGGAGGAAACAGACGGAAAGAGUUUUGAGAACCCAGCGUAUGAAGUUGGUGAACAACCUGCUGCCACGAGGAUGGUGGCAGCCCCGUCCACUCCUGAUACAUCAGACAAGGAGAACAUAAAUAAUCCUUUGUACGUGGAAGAAGUUAAAGUUGCAGACCAGCCCACAAGAAGUGCUGACGAACCCGCCACUGUCGACAAGGAGCCUUUUGAUAACCCAGUAUACGGCUUGGACAUAGAGGAAGUUGACGUCCCUUCUACACAACAAGCAGCUUCAAGCACACAGGAAGACAUGGUGACGCAUGACACAAUCUUUACUGCUUAA